CUAUACCAGUUUGAAAAGCAAGAACCAUUUGAAAACAAUCACAAAGAACAUCAAAAAGAAUAAAAGUAUGAGAAUGCUCUUUUUCUUCUCUCUCUUGUUCUUCCUCUUCUUCCACUCAUCCUCCUCCUCAAGAUCAUCAUCAGAAUCUCACAUCUUCAUCUACGGUGGAUGUUCACCGGAAAAAUACACACCAAACACUCCUUUCGAAUCAAACCGCGACACUUUCCUCUCCUCCGUCGUUACUUCCUCCUCCGAAGCCUCCUUCAACAGCUUCGCCGUCGGCAACGACUCUUCCUCCUCCUCCUCCUCCUCCUCGGCCGCUGUCUUCGGUCUUUAUCAAUGCCGCGAAGAUCUCCGACACUCUGACUGCUCAAAAUGUAUCCAAAACUCCGUCGACCAAAUCACUCUCCUAUGUCCUUACUCUUACGGUGCUUCUCUCCAGCUCGAAGGCUGCUUCUUACGCUACGAGACAAACGACUUUCUUGGGAGACAAGACACGAGUCUUAGGUACAAGAAGUGUAGUACCAAGAGCGUUGAGAAUGACUAUGACUUUUUUAAACGGAGAGACGAUGUGUUGUCGGAUCUUGAGUCGACUCAACUAGGUUACAAAGUGAGCCGGUCUGGUUUGGUCGAAGGUUAUGCUCAGUGUGUUGGUGACUUGAGUCCUAGUGACUGUACGGCUUGUCUUGCGGAAUCUGUUGGGAAGUUAAAGAAUCUUUGUGGCUCUGCGGUUGCAGCUGAGGUUUACUUAGCUCAGUGCUAUGCUCAUUACUGGGGUUCUGGUUACUAUGACUUCUCUUCAGAUCCAACAAACGGAGAUAACGUGGGUAAAUCAAUUGCGAUCAUCGUAGGAGUCAUUGCUGGAUUCGCAAUUCUUGUUAUCCUCCUCUCCCUCUGCAGAAACAACAUGCAUUGAUACAAAGAAGACAAGAUUCGCGAUAAAAGAUUAUGUAGGGACAUCUUUUGUUUUGGUCAAAGGGACAUCUUUUUUUUGUAUUCUCUUAUUUUGUAGUAACAUAUCCGUUACCUUGUCGAUUUUUUUGGUUGAUCAAAAGGAAGGAAAAAAACUCGAAGUGGCCAACAUAUUCGAUGUAUAAUUAAUAAUUUGAUUAGUGACCCGCAA